AUGGCAUAUUUCUCAUUGCGUAUCCAUGUGUCCCUUCGUGGGGAAGCGACAGUCUCCGCCUUCGAAUAUGCUAACAACCUUGAUCACAGCGAUCUGUUUCUUUGGAGCCGGUGCUGCUCAAGCAGUUCGGAGCGCAUGACCAUGCGCCCGGCUUGUUGUGGCCGACUCGGAAGAGACGACACCCCUCUGGCACACUUUGCCGAUGCCCUCAAGUCUGAGAGCAGAGGAGCUUCAAGGCAACUGUUGGCAACGGGCCGGAUACCGGUAACUUUUCCAAUGUAUGUGAUCCUCACGGAUGUCUUGUUCAAGAUGACCAAGUUCAAGAAACAUGAGGAGCUGAAGGCAGAAGGGGGGCUCGUUCGGUUUACCAGUGACCUGGGGAAUGCGAUUUUUGUGUCGCACGAGUGGGCAGGUGAGGCCCAUCCGGAUCCAACAGGCGAGCAACUAAAGGUGCUGCAAGCAGCUUUGAAGGCCCUGCUGUUCGAUGCUACCAGCAUUCCCGUUGACAUCAAUACAAAUAUACUUUUCGGCAAGCAGCCGGGUGUCUUCACAAGCGAGAUGAGGGCUCGACCGCUUUUCGUUUGGUAUGAUUACUGCUCCUGUCCGCAAGCGGGUGCCAUGCACGUUAUGGAAGAGCAGCAGAAAGCCAUUGACAGCAUUCCGGCCUACGUUGAGAGUUGCAAUUAUUUCUUCAUUUUGUGUCCGCAGAUUCGACACAGCAAGAAGGAUCUGUUGCUAUCGAAGUCAAGCUGGGGCAUGCGAGGUUGGUGCAGGCUUGAGAGGCUGGCAAGCCAACUGAAACUGCACGGCGCAUCGUGUUUGAUUGAGGUACGCAGCGGAAAGCACCAAACUCUUACCGUACCGUAUGAAUACCUCAGAGAGCCCGUCUUUGAGGGCGUGUUCACCCUGGAUGCAGAUAGGGCACGCAUUGUGGGUGUCGUUCAGAGCCUGAUCAAAAACAGGCUGGUGUCUUACUUGGUCGCAGGCGAUUUUCACAAUUAUCGCAUGCUCUUGAAUCUGCAGCAUGUGCAUUUUCGCGGCAGCCCUGUCGAACCCAUCCGCGACCUCGUGCCAGGUUUCAGAAGCCAAGAGCUCGACCCAAGUAAGUUUUUCCUCGACGAAUAUCUGCAUGAAGCAGGCUUUGAGGACGCCGAGAGGCGAGUGGAGAGCGGGUGGACACCACUAUGCUACGCGGCAUUAGGAGGAAACCCCUUGAUCAUUUCAGCCUUGCUUGAACUACAGGCAUCUCCAAAUGAUAGCAUCCAUAAGGGGGAGAAGAACCUAGCCCUAACGGCCGGCACUUCCGUGCUCACCAUUGCGGUUGUUUUCCGGCAUAGUGAAGCCAUUCGAGUUCUACUGGAGCAUCGGGCAGACGUGAAUGCCAGAGACAAGACCGGAUCCACAGCAAUGCACUAUGCAUGUGCAAGCAAAAACAUGGACGCCGUUGACAUUUUGCGUGCUGCUGGAGGCAGCACCACAAUACAAAACAGCCUGCACCUCUCAUCGCUGGCCUUGUCUGGAGGCGCUGGUGGAGGAGAAGGGUCCGUGGACGUCAUCAGGGCACUGCUGCAAGAUGCUCCGCGCGCCGAAGUUUCCAGAGCUCUUCACUCGUCAAUCUUGUUCGGCGCCGCUUCAGCAGAAGUUGUUGCUGCACUGAUCGAAGCGGAUGCUGACAUCGACAAGCCCCUGGCCUUCCCUCUGCGGAGUCCAAUUAGCAUAGCAUUUGCAGUUCUGAGCGCCAUGCAUCUGUGGCGCGCUACUCCGACCACCAUGUAUGCGUACCACCAUUCGGGUGCAACCCCUUUGAUGUGCAGCAUACUGUGUGGUUCCUUCGAAGCAGCGGCGGUACUCCUUGCUGCUGGGGCGAGAGUAGACAUCCGGAACCGUCGCGGCAAAACGCCUGCAGAUUUGGCUGAGUUGCUGUCUGCGCCUGAAUUUAUCACUUCGGGCAUACAGGGGAAGGUGAGCACCUGCGAGGACUUGGUCGUGAAAUGUUUCACCACUCAGUCUGUGGCAUUCUAG